GACUUCAUUGAAUGUGAAGUGGGUAGGUACCAAGUACCAACGUGCUCACUUCUCAGUCCUUACAAAUAGCAUCUUGUGGUGGUGGUGAGAGUGAAAUAUCCAUGGAAGGAGAAAAUGGAAAGAAGAUGAAGAUCCUGUGCCUCCAUGGGUUCAGAACUAGUGGGAGUUUCUUGAAAAAGCAAAUAAGCAAAUGGGACCCUUCUCUAUUUUCAAAAUUUGACAUGGAUUUCCUAGAUGGUAAAUAUCCUGCUGGAGGGAAGUCUGAUAUAGAAGGAAUCUUCCCUCCACCCUACUUUGAAUGGUUUCAAUUCAACAAGGAAUUCACGGAGUAUACUAAUUUGGAAGAGUGUAUAUCAUACUUAUGUGAAUACAUCACAGCCAAUGGCCCCUUUGAUGGCUUCCUUGGCUUCUCACAGGGCGCAACGCUUUCAGCACUUCUAAUAGGUUACCAAGCACAGGGGAAGUUGUUGAAGGAACAUCCACCGAUAAAGUUGUUUGUAUCAAUAUCUGGAUGCAAAUUUAGAGAUCCUAGCAUAUGUGAUGUAGCCUACAAAGAACCCAUAAAAGCAAAAUCUGUUCAUUUCAUUGGUGACAAAGAUUGGCUUAAAUUGCCUUCUGAGGAGCUCGCCUCUGCUUUUCAAAAUCCCCUCAUAAUAAGGCACCCUCAAGGUCAUACCGUCCCACGGUUAGAUGAAGUGGCUACCAGCCAGCUACAAAAUUGGGUUGCAGAAGUACUAAGCCACAGAAAAGUUGGUAUCUCGGAAUAUGACAAGAAAUUAGAAAGUGAAGUAAAUAAGUCAGAUGCAAAGGUGCUUGAGGCAUGUAACGGGGUGGCUCAAGCCUAGAUAUUAGAGCUUAUAAGAGGAAGCAGAAGCACCUGAAUUUAAUACAGAUUAUAUUAUUACUAUGUAUUGAAAUUCAUCCACUAUUUAAUGCCUUAUAUGUGUUAUCUUUAUAUCAACGAAAUUGUGACAAAUACAGGGAAAUGGUUAGUGUAUGUGCACACAUAUUUAGCACGGAAAUGGUUAGUCUUUGAGUGUUUUGGUCCUGCUAGUUCUGUAUUCAACUAGUGGUUAGCAGAGCCAAAUAAGAAUGACGAGUGCUUUGUGCUUCCCUUGCCAACCAUCUUUAACCGCGACCUUAAGUGCUGCUAGGUAGGCUAUUUGUGAUUCUGUUUUCUUUCUCUUUUGUUCACUAGUUUAUUGUUCACUUGUAUUUUAACUUUUGAAUGUUUAAUGGGAGAAUACUCAACAAUUAUUCGUGUAA